UUGUUUAUGGGGCGCUGUGCCAGUUCUCCUGGAAAGAUCAGCGUGAACCGGAGAGGAAACAGCACAAUCCCGGCACUGCCAGUGGGUCCUGCCCCAAGGCACCUCCCUCGGGCACAGCCCCAUCGCUCCCCAGUGCCCACCUUGGGAUUUGACUUCAGUGAAGCUCCAAGAACAGCCUCCAGACACCAUCAGGGAGAACCCGGAGCGGGAGUGAAGUGAUCCAGUGCUGUGUGCCCCAGACCCAGCUCCUGACCCCGCUUUGGUGCUAGCCCCCCACUGCCUUUCAGCCCGCACCAUGGUGGGGCAGAGCCCCCCCUGUGAGAGCAGCAGCGCCGUGCUCCUGGAGCCCUUCGUCCAUCAGGUCGGCGGCCACAUGAGCAUGAUGAAGUACGACGAGCACACGAUCUGCAAGCCCUUGGUCUCGCAGGAGCUGAGCUUCUACGAGUCGCUGCCCUUGGCCAUGAGGCAGUUCACCCCCCAGUACAAAGGCAUCGUCUCCGUGCACCUCAAGAAGGACAGCCUGGGGAACGUGACCCUCAUCGCCAGCCCCAGCCUGGACAAUGCCACCGCUGACCCUGCCGUGACGCUGUGGCACAAAUGCAAGUGGGCUGCCAGCAGCGGCCCGGGCGGCGAGCGCGCCUUCGGCACGUGGAGCCACACGCAGGUCACCAAGACCUUCAAAGACAGCUGCCCAGGGAAGAGGCUGUUGAGGACAGACCUUCAGUACUGCACAGAUUCGCUUCUGGAAGAUGCAAAUGGAAACCAGCCAGAAAGAAAGAGCUACAACCCCUGGGGACUGCACUGUCACCGGCAGCACCUGAACCGCUUGUCCUCCAAGCACAAUGAGAACAAACUGCAUCAGUUUCUGUUGCUUGAAAACGUGGUAUCAAAAUACAGCUAUCCCUGCAUCCUGGACUUAAAGAUGGGAACACGGCAGCAUGGCGAUGAUGCCUCAGAGGAGAAGAAAGCCCGGCACAUCAAGAAGUGUGAACAAAGCACCUCUGCAUCUCUGGGUGUUCGCAUCUGUGGGAUGCAGGUUUACCAAGCGGACACUGGUCAUUUUCUCUGCAAAGACAAGUAUUAUGGGAGGAAACUCUCUCCGGAGGGAUUCAGGCAAACCCUGCACCAGUUCCUGUGCAACGGCAACCACCUCCGGAUGGAUCUCCUGGAGCCCAUCAUCCUGCGGCUCAAAGCUCUGCUCUCCGUCAUCAGGAAGCAAAGCUCUUACAGGUUCUACUCCAGCUCACUUCUCAUCAUUUACGAUGGACAGGAGCCCAAGGAGAACACGGCACCCUUGGAUAACCACCUUCACUUCCAAAGAACAAACUGCACCGCCUCACACGGCACUCAUCACUCCAGAGUUGACGUGCGGAUGAUAGACUUUGCCCACACCACAUUUAAAGGCUCCAAGUGCAAUCACACCACUUACGAUGGGCCAGACCACGGCUAUAUUUUUGGCUUGGAGAAUCUCAUCAAGAUCCUUCAGAACAUCUCAGAAGGAAAAUGAGAAAUUCCCAUGUGAAAUAGCCUGGACUGCCGAGUGACCGAGAGCCCUGAGAAGUUCUGCGCUGGGUCAGUUGUAUGGGACCCUCUGCUGCUGGACCUCAUGUGCACGUUUGGAAUGAGGGCACGGGCAGCUUGCUAGGGAAGUGCAAAAAGCUCUUAGGUGCCAUGAGUGAACUGAAGCGUAAAAAAGCAAAGAGCUGAAAGAACGCUCUGCCUGCAAUCAAUCACAAGAUUUAUUUUCCCUUCUUGUUUUACUGCUGUCCUUGAUUUAUUUGUGAGCCAAAAGCAAGCAUUACUUGAAAGAGUCUUAAUGAUAAAAGAGGACCUGCUCACCUCUACACUCAAGAAGCCAAACGGGGUGAGGACAUGCUGUGGGCUUGAGUGAGAUUAUUAGAAUGAGCUGGGGGGUGUGAGCAGGCUGCAGCAUCACCUCCAGCUCCUGCUCAACACACAAGGGAGACAAAACCAGCCCCCAGCACUUACACUGCAUGUACCCAGUGGGUGCUCUGCCUACAGCCUGGGGGCUGAAACACAGACCUAUGAGAUGCUGCAGAGGUUCUGAGCUGGGGACCUUGACCAAGAACUGGACCUCACAAAGGUUUAAUAUCCCUGUGGGAUUCUAUCAGAGCACGUUUCAGGAACCUUCUAAGCAAGGGGCUGGAAUGCGAUUGAUUCUGUCACAAAAAACAUUCACAUCGAGGUAUUUCUGCUUAAAACAAGUGUGAGAUUGAGUCAGGGACUAGCCAUUAAAGGUCACCUAGAACUUCUUUGAUACAAGGAUUGUGUGUGUUUGAAGGAGACAAUAGCAAGACUGAAAAUCAUGUUUACAGCUUUUGCGGACAGAUUUUAUUAUUACGGAACAAACAGAAUUCCUUCCUGCAUGGUGUGGGAGACCUGCAAGAGAAAUCCUUCCACAAGGAACAGCGCUGCAGAAGCCCCUUACUGGGGAGUGGGGAUAUAAGUAAAACAUGAAUAAAAUCAUCAAAGGAACUCCCA